AUGCAGGGAGCGAGCGAUAAUCUGGUUCGCGAAAUGGAAUAUAUAGAUAAAGAAAAAUAUUUCAAUUACUUUCGGAUGUCAUUAGAAACAUUUGAAAAACUGCUAAGUAUCAUUGAACCAUAUAUUACAAAAGAAACCAUAUAUUACAAAAGACUGGUUGUCCAAACACCAAUACCUGCGCGCACUCGUUUGCAAGUAACUUUGCGAUAUUUAGCUUCUGGAGACAGUGUAAAGGCUUACAGUAUAAUCUCAAUAUCAUAUGCUUUUCAUAUUGCACAUAAUACUGUUUCCAAAAUUGUCUCCGAAACUUGUGACGCUAUUUGGAAUUCUCUUAAAGACGAAGUAUUUUUACAACCGAGUACAAUUAAUUGGCAAAACAUCGCAGAACAUUUUGAAAAUAUUUGCCAGUUUAACAACUGUAUUGGAGCUCUUGAUGGAAAACAUGUUAUCAUACAGGCACCACCAAAUAGUGGUUCUACAUAUUAUAAUUAUAAAGGACAACACAGCCUCAUUCUUCUUGGAAUAUGUGAUGCUAACAACCGUUUUACUGUUGUGGAUAUUGGCAGUGAAGGAAGACAAUGUGAUAGCACAAUAUUCCAAACGAUUCUACGAUAAAUCGCUUCAAUUACCUGCGGCAAAAUGUAUUAGUGCGAAUAGUAAUAUAAAGUUGCCGUAUGUAUUAGUCGCAGAUGAAGCAUUCCCGUUACUACAUUUAUGAUAAGGCCGUAUCCACGAAAUAAUCUUGACACAAAAAAAAAAUUCAAUUAUAGAUUAAGUCACGCUAGACGAUCAAUAGAAUGUGCGUUUGGAAUACUCACUGCUCGAUGGAGGAUAUACGGAAAACCGAUAAUUGCUUCUGAAUCUACAGCUCGAAAAGUUAUUCAGGCAACAACUGCUUUGCAUAACUAUGUAAUGUCCACUGAAAAGAAUUUAGAAGUACCACAAUUACAGUAUUCUAAUUUUACUGCACAGGACCGUGCAGUAAUAUCUGAAGGUUUGAGAAAUCUAUCAAGAAAUCGCUCUUCAAAUCCUGCUGCAGCUAAAAAAAUUAGAGAAGAUUUUUCAGACUUUUUCAAUAAAAUUGGCGCGUUGCCAUGGCAAUGGGAUAAAGUACUUAAUAAUGAUUUAUAA